AUGUCACGAUCAAUAAUCUUUCUCCUGAUUGCCCUUAAACCUUUCAGUAUUAAAUUAUACCCGGAAGAAUAUCACAAUGAAAGGUUUUUGGGAAUUUCAAAUUUCGAAGGAAAUCUGGUUGAUGAAAGUUCGCAUCAAGUGGGUUUACUGACUCGUGCAAGUGCAUCACAUCAAAUUAUCUUGAAAUAA